CAUAUGAGGUGAACUUGCAGUAGUAGCGUUGUGCUAGUUGCCACACGCUUGUAUUUGAUCUUAAACCGUAUCGCCUAGCUGAUUUUGCUCAUAGUUUGUCACCGCAGCGUUUUUAAGAAACCUGCUAGUUAGCAGCUAGCCUAGCUUAGCCGAUGCUGCUGCCUGAUGAAUUAAUUGUUUGCCAUCAUGUCGAAGUUGCUUCGUUAUUUUUAGCUAGCGCGACGAGAAGCGAUAAUCAAAGCGUGAAGAAUCGGCCAGUUGCUUGAGAGAGAAGAGAUAAAAGAAGCAGCGAUGGAGCAGUGGCGAGACGCGACCUCUCGACAGGUUAAGCUGCUCACUAAUCGUCUGAAUGUAGUGUUGUCCGAAGGCCUGGAGUGGCUGCGCUCUGAGUUCGGCGUGGAUCUGGGGCUGAAGCCUGACCUUAUUCCGCCAUGGGUAAUGCUCUCUGCGGCGUGCGCCGGAGUGCUGCUGCUGCUCGUCCUGUGGGCCUCGCUGUUUCGGGCCAUUUUCAAGAAGCGGACCGUCAAAACCGCUGCGGACGACGAAGUGGAAGUAAGGCGAGCCCCCGUCAAGCCUGUGAAGUCAGAGGAACCGAAGAAAAAGAGGAAAAAGACCGAAAAGAAAGCUCAGCCAAAUGGAAGAGCUGUUGCUGAGCCUCAGGAAGAAGCCAUCGUGUCGGAAGAGAUAGUGCCACAUCACCAGUCGCCUCCUCCAGAAGUCAAGACUGAAAAGACUGCUGAGACAAAGAAGGCCAAAAAGAAGGCCAAACAAGCUGUGAAGGAGACCAAGACGGUGACUGGUGAUGGCAAAGAACCAGAAGAAGGAACGUGGGAGACGAAGGUCAGCAACAAGGAGAAACGUGAGCAGCGCAAGAAAGACAAGAGCUCCAGUGACGGCUCGGCCAGUCCUGGAGGCGGGAACACACCCGUCAACGUUCCCCCGGAGCAGCCCAAAGCCUCUGCUGCACCCCCUGCACCUGCCAGCCAGAAGAAGAAAAAAGGAGAGUCUGCGAAGGUGAAGGCCGAGAAGCUCGAAGCUGUUGUUCCUCAAGGCAACAGCAGCAAUGCAGCUGUGGUGGCAGCUCCAGCUACAAAAGUGGCUCCGAGCGCUGUUGCUCCGAACGUAAACUCCUGGACAACUCCAAGGCAGCCAGCAGCRCAUUGGAGAGCAGAAUUUGAGGCAUGGACUGUGAUUGACAGGCCCAUGCCCACACCAGACCUGAAUCUGGUGUCUUUACCUGGCCUGGGAGUUGGUGCUGCUCAGCCUCAGCCUGUGAGGGACCUGCCGUGGCUCGGUCAGCCCAGAGUGGACGAUGAGUGGUCUGGACUCAAUGGGGGUUCAGCUGACCCCAGCUCUGACUGGAACGCUCCAUCUGAAGCCUGGGGAAACUACGAGGAGCCCACCCCCGAGCCUCCUCGGGCGCAGGAGAUGCCGCUCCCCGAGCCAGCCAAGGGUAAUCUGAUGGGGCCAGCUGAUGAGGAUGAUGAUGAUGAAAAGGAGAAGGGAGAUGUCGGUAAUGAUGGAGCAGCUAAAAUCAAGAAGAAGAAAAAGAAGAAGAAGAAGGCUGCUGAGGAGGGGGGAGCAGCAGGCCAGGCCGAGGAGCUGCUGAAGGAGACUAAGCCAGCUGCCUCUGUGAUGAAGCAGCAACCCGCUCAGGAGAUCUCUGCUGCCGUCCAGCCUGUCAAAGCUGCUGCUGCAGCUGAGACUAGAGAGCGACAAGUGAAGGACACCAUAUCCCAGAAACCCCCUGUCACACAAGUGCCACAGAAGCCCACUGAUGGAGAGCCCACUGCCAAGCAGAACAACCUUCCUGUUCCAACACAGCAAAAAAGACCUGAGGAGAGUCAAGCUCCCAAACCAGCAAAGAAGAAGAAGGCGAGAAGAGAGACCUGAGACGGCUUCCUCCACUUCUCUGUAUGCAAAAGAAUUUGCGUCCUGUUUAUGCAACACCUUAAGUGACGGGGACUUUGAACCAUGAUGUUAUUGAAGGAGUUUACCUUAAAACCUGUCUGAAAGUCAAGUUUUUUUACACAUUGUGUCGAUUGUUGGAUCAUUGAAAGCUGAAACAAAAUGCAGUGCAAUCUAAUAUGAGGUGUUAAUGAUUUCUUUUUUUUUUUUUUUGUAUGCAUCCAAAUCUUCUGAUUUUGUCUUCUAAUUCCACUGAAUCAAAUAAUUGAAGGAGCUGUAUUGUAAUUCUUAGACGUGUAGAGAAUCCUGAUCAUGUUUAGAAGAUUGUUGUCUUGAUGGAUAACGMAUGGCGUGGACUCUGUAGGAAACGGUUAAUGGGCAGGGGGGUCACACAAAGACCGAGACAGAAAGAUGAAGCGGCCUCUGCUCUGCAGCGUUUUAAUCGGCGCCAACGUUUGUCGGACUGAACAGUUGGAGCUCAGUGAGGUGUAAACUAUUGUUGAUGUAAAUGAGCGUCGUCAGGCACAGGAAAGAAUCGUGUCUGCUCUGUAUGUUUGCAUCACUUUACGCUGCGAUUCUGAAAGCGUCGUCGACUCUGUCCUCCUGGUUCGUCUGGUCUGAUGUCUUUCUGCAGCGGGACGGCUGUUGUGUUUUCACAAAACACUUCUUCAGCGUCCGCCUCUUCUCCACUCAGAAGUCUUCAGAACCUUUUUGUAAAACUUGUUUGUAAUAAAAGAAAAACUAAAGCCAUAUGUAAAAAGACUAAAUAAAGGCCAGUUUUUCUAUCUUUA